AUGACUAUCCCCCAUCCCACCACAAGCUGGCGGCAGAUCGGCCAAAACCGGUAUUCUCGGCCACUGGACGCGCUGGAGACCACUCUCAACAGUGUAUACUCCAAUCCACAACAUCCUGGAUUUCCCACACAUGAUAUGAUUACCAGUGUUCGCCUGAAGGCGUCUACAUCCACUGGUGAUUUUCUUCAACAUGCCAGGAGCGCAUGGGAGCAGAUGCGCCAUAUCCACCCUAUGAUCGCCGCAGAGUGCGAUGGACAGCAGUACACCUACCAGUCUCCUGUCAACAGACAAGAAGUUGACGAAUGGCUCAAUCGGAGCUUCCUCGUCUCCCCAGGCCGUUUCCACAGUCCCGACAGCGUCUACAACGACUACAGCAACGUGCCAGUAUCAGGUAUACCUGUCCUGUAUUGCUUCCGCGAAGAACAUCGGUUCGUACUCCGGUGCCCUCAUGUUUACACGGAUGGAAGGAGCACUUGUUUUCUUCUCAACGGAUUUCUGGCCGAGCUAGCCCGCAUCAGCGAGGGCCAGGAGCCGCCAAGAAAAUCGUUCGGUGAUGAGGUGCGCAAUCUCCCCUUGGGUGCCGUCGAUGCUGCAAAAAUCCAGCAGCCGACGGCCACGGACGUCAGUCACUCUCCGGUCCAUUUCACCGGCCAAGAGAUGAAGAUGCCUACCCUGGGUAACCCGUUGACCCCCAAGCCCGGCCGAGUUCAGGUACUGCAGUUCUCCGACUGCGAAACCACGCAGAUCCUGCAUGGCGGGCGAGAAACCGGUCUCGGUCUCACAGCACUGGUCCAUGCCGCGCUGCUUCAGGCCUGCAAGGAUAUGAGAGAAUGUCCGUCGCAGGACAUCCACACUUCCGUGACGGGCUUUAAUCUCCGCGAUCGCUGUGACCCUUCUCUUCUAGACUCUGUCGGGGAGGAAGCAUUUGCCUCGCGUGUCAGUCUAUGGCCUUACCAGGUUCGGGUCGGUGACUACUGCGAUACGGCGGCGGCGCUCAAAGGCGAGUAUCGCAAUCUGGCCCAGAAUAAGGACCGGUUGAUUACGGAAUCUAUUUCUUGCCUGAAUGAGUUUCUUCCGUCUCUGCUACAGGAUGAGCCUCCGUUCUUUGCCAGCUUUAUCGGGGACAUUACCCCACUUUGGGAAUCGUCGUACGGGUCAUUGCGGGUGGAAGAGGCUUGGAUUGCGCUUAUCCCCAUGACGGCAAUGAUGUACCUGGUCGUGCAGACAUUUCAGGGCCGGUUGGCUGUACGGUUGAGUUACAAUGAGGCAUAUCGUAGUGACAAGCAGGUUGCUGAGUUUUUGGAGAGGAUUAGAGGGGAGCUGGAUUGCCACGUUUUGCAGGUGGGCCGGGCAUGGCAGUGUUGA